AUGGCGAUGGUUGGGAUGGACAACGCGGGCGACAUAGCUGCUGCGGAAGUCAAGGGUGCUGGACUGCCUACGCCUUCGCUCGAGAAACAGGUUGCGAUAGAACACCAAAAGGAACCUUUUCCUGCGCCGUCUGCACGGUCUUCUUCGAUUGACGACGAUGAAGUUCGCAAACCUACGCAAGAGCAGUUGGACACUCUGAGGAGAGUUCCAGCUAAGAUUCCUUGGAUUGCCUUUACUGUCGCGUUUGUCGAGCUAUGCGAGCGUUUCGCCUACUAUGGCACGACAGCAGUUAUGAUCAAUUUCAUUCAACAGCCGCUGCCGGACGGCUCAACCACGGGCAGCGACCCUCGCCCCAAUGGCCAACCUGGUGCCCUCAACUACGGCCAGCGAGCAUCCACCGGCGCCAGCUUGUUCAACCGCUUCUGGGCCUACUUCAUCCCUCUCAUCGGAGGCUACCUCGCAGACGCCAAAUGGGGUCGUCUCAAGACCAUCUAUAUCUCCAUCGGUGUUGCCAUGGUCGGCCACGUCAUUAUCAUCGUCGCUGCUAUCCCAUCUGUCAUCAGCAACCCUGACGGCGCGCUUGCCUGCUUCUUCGUCGGUCUGCUUUUCUUCGCGACUGGUGUCGGUGGUUUCAAGCCCAACAUCUCGCCGCUGUUCGCUGAGCAGCUGUCUGAGCGGGCAAUGCAUGUCAUCACGUUGAAGAGCGGCGAGGAAGUCAUUGUCGACCCUGCGCUCACGACUCAGCGCAUGUUCAUGUACUUCUACUUCUUCAUCAACUGCGGCUCGAUUGUUGGACAGGUCUCGAUGGUGUACGCCGAGCGCUACGUUGGUUUCUGGCUGUCCUUCUUUCUGCCGACACUCAUGUUCAUGUUCUGUCCCCUGAUCCUGCUGGCCUUCCACAAGCGCUACAACCUCCGCGAACCCACCGACUCCGUCUUUGGAAAGUUUCUGCUGCUCACCAAGCACGCCUGCGCCGAAGGUGGCUACAAGCACAUCGGCAAGGCCACCUUCUGGGAGCGUGUCAAGCCAUCCGUUGUCUCAGUCAAGCCAAGCUGGAUGACUUUCGACGACGCCUGGGUCGAUGAGGUCGCACGUGGUGUCAAGGCUUGCUCUGUGUUCUUGUUCUACCCGCUCUGGUGGCUGGCGUACAACCAGAUCGACAACAACUUGGUGUCUCAGGCUGCUACUAUGUCGCUGCACGGUGUGCCGAAUGACCUUUUGAAUAACAUGAACCCGCUCGGCAUCAUUAUCAUGAUUCCAAUCAUUGACAACAUUGUCUACCCGGCGAUGCGCAAGGCCAAGAUUCGAUUCACGCCUCUGCGACGCAUGUGCGCUUCCUUCUUUGUCGCUUGCUCAGCCAUGAUCUGGGCUGCCGUCAUUCAGUACUACAUUUACAACACCAGCCCUUGCGGCUACCAUGUGGGUAGUGCAGACUGUGAGUACGUUAGCUCCAUCAAUGUCUGGGCCCAGACGGGAUCGUACGUGCUUGUUGGCCUGUCUGAGAUUCUGGGCUCGAUUACCGGCUUGGAGUACGCCUACACGAAGGCACCAGCCAACAUGCGUUCGCUCGUCUUCGGCUUGUACCAGUUCACCUCCGCCCUCUCGGCGGCCCUCGGUCAGGCCUUUGUCGGUUUGGCUGCCGACCCUCUGCUGAUCUGGAACUACGGCGCCGUCGCCAUCAUUGCCUUCUGCACUGGCAUUGCAUUCUACUUCAUCUUUACUCGUCCGUGGGACAAGUACGAGGAAGAGAUGAACAUGCUCAAGGAAUCUGAAUAUAAGGGCCACAACCUGGGAGGCAACUCAGAGAAGAAGGUCGAGGAGACGCCUGAGCAGCAGCAGCGGGCGCCGGCGAAGGAGAUUCCGGUGUGA